CUGGUACCAUAUUAAAUGGGGACUGCAUUUGCAUAUUCAUCACAAGCUGUGACUUCCACAAUGGGGAGGAUUCAUUGCGCUUCUCUGUUUUCAAUAUACAGUCUAUUGAUUUUACUGGUUUUUGAUGUUACUGUCUACACCCGUGCUGAUGACACACUAAACAUUGCUGCUAUUCUUGACAUGACUACACCUGCGGGAAAGGCGGCCAACAUGUCUUUACUCUUUGCUCUUCAAGAUGUUAACGACAAGGCGGAUAAUGGUACUCGCCUCAACCUCACAAUCCGAGAAUCUCGAGGAAUUGUUGGAAACGUUGUGCAAGUGUUCAGAAGUGAGGUUGCGGCGAUCCUAGUGCAGGACCCUAAGAUUUCAAAGUUUUUGGCCUCCAUAGCGGAAGAAGUUCAUGUACCAAUCUUGUCCUUCAGCGGUGCGCAUGGUUUUGGCACUGCAAGUGAGUCCACAUAUUUACUUUCCACGUUUCCCAGUAGUUAUGGUGAUAUGAACGCCAUAGCAGCCAUAGGAGGGUACUUUCAGUGGAAGUCAGUGGUCGUGCUGUACGAAGACGAUGGGUUUUGGUUAAAUGGUGUUUACCAAUUGACUGAAGCGCUGCGGGAGUUUCAGGAGGACUGCGGGAGCAGCAGGACGACAAUUUCAAGGACAACAGCGCUUUCUGCUGGUUCGAGGCGAGAGAAAAUCAGGGAAACCCUGGUGGAAUUGAAGAACGAAAGUCGUGUUAGGGCUUUCAUCGUGCACACCAGUGUUGAUGUGGCUUUCAGAAUGUUCUCCAUAGCACAAGAUUUGGGCAUGAUGGCUGAAAGCUAUGUUUGGGUUGUCACGGAUUCUAUUGCUUCCUCUUUAGAUUCUCUGUCGUCUACUUCUAUCCAAACAUUUCAAGGAAUUGUGGGAGUUAAAAGCGUUCCAACACCCCAAUUCACAGAAUUACGGCAGAGGCUGCGGCUCAUCUCUUCAGACGAUGACAUCAACCGAAUUGGGAUACAAGCGUACACUUCACUUAAGCUCUUUGCAAGUGCAGUUGCUGCCUUGCGUUCACAGGACAUAAAGAUUGGAUAUGGUGGACUAAUUCCCACGAAUGACAAGGAUUUCCAUGCUUCGACGAUGGUUUUGACAGGAGGGAAUUUGCUUCGUCGGGAGAUUGUUCAAGCAAUAUCUGGGGCUGUUAGCGAUGAUCUAGAGAUCCGUGAGUAUGAGAUCAUUAACGUGUUUGGAAAAAGCUAUAAAACAGUUGGGUUUUGGACAAAGGACACAGGGCGGCUUCAAUCUGCACGGAAAGAAGAAAAUAAGCUGGGGUCUAUUAUCUGGCCAGGCGAUACCACACAAGUUCCCAACGGCUACAGAAAAAUUGUAAUUGGAAGAAUCAUGGGGAAGAAUGUAUCAGAUCCCACUGAAUUCGGCGACCGAAUUAGAGGCUACACCAAUGACACAUUCCAGGCUGCUGUAAACACACUUGGGUAUAAUCUGCCUCUCGCUUACGAGGCUUUCGACAAAGGCAACUCAAAUCUCUCUAACUUCGAUGCAUUAGUUACAGAGUUAUUCCAAGGAAAUAGAUUCGACGCGGUGGUGGGGGACGCGACAAUAUUGUGGAACCGCUCUUUGUAUGUUGAUUUUACCCCGCCAUACACUCAAACGGGUCUGGUGAUGAUGGUACCAUUAAAAAGAGUACGAGGGCGGACGUGGACGUUUCUCCAUCCAUUCACUGCAGGGUUGUGGGCUAUAGCGGGGGCUUUCUUCGUCUUCACGGCAUUCCUUGUGUGGCUCAUGGAACACGAGUACAACGAUGAUUUCCAAGGGGGAGUUACUCAACAAGUAGUAACUUCAUUGACAUUGUCCGUCUCUGCGUUCGUAUUUGCUCCCAGAGAGGAGUUGAGGAGUAGUCUGGGCAAGGGAAUAAUAGCUACCUGGCUCUUCAUCGCCGCAAUAUUGAAUAACAGCUACACUGCACAUCUCACCUCUAUUCUCACGGUGCAGAGAUUGGUUCCUACCAUUACAAAAAUGGAGAGCCUCACCACAAGCAAUGUCAAAGUAGGUUAUCUGAAUAACUCAUUUGUUAAAAAUUAUCUAAUGGAUAAUUUGCAAAUACUUGAAAACCGCCUAGUACCUCUGGGAAGUCCCUAUGAUUACGUGCCAAAGUUAAUAACUGGGGAAGUGGGUGUCAUAGUAGAUGAGAGCUUAUAUGUUUCAAUGGGCAAAUCUCUCUACCCAUGUGCAAAAUUCGAAGUCAUAGAUCAUGGAUACUUGGAUACAGGAGGCUUCGGCUUUUUUUUUCGCAAAGGGUCACCAUUUUUAUCUGACAUAUCGGAAGCCGUGCUCAGCAUAUCAGAGAAGCAUUUCACAGUAGAAAGUAUCCACAACAAAUGGUUCGGAGAAACAACGUCGUGUCCAGAUUUGGACACAGGGGUGGACUCGAACAGCACACCCAUUUCCCCGGCCAAUCUGUGGACUCUUUUCGUUCUCACCGCAUCAACCUAUGCUCUCACAGCGUUGGUUCAUAUUGGCCGAAAGUUGCAUCAGAGUCGGCAAGAUUGGAGCGCUAGGGUAGCCCAUACAGUAGAUUUUUCAAAGCAUGUAAUGACUAUACUCAAAUCUUUACAGAUUCCGAGGCUUCCGGCGUCCACAGAAAUCCAACGCUGAACGACAAAUUUUGGGAACGACAAAAUGUUCAAGUCAAUUUCAAGUCAUGUACUAUCUGUUUGUAUCCUCCCAUUCCUAGGAGCUGGCUAUGCAGUGUUAUAUUUAGCAUGUGAUUUAUUUUUCAAUUCUUUUUCGUUUUUUUGUUUAUAAGAUUAAAAAUAUAUGGUUGUUCAAAAUUCAGUUGUUCAAAAACACAUCACAUUCAAAACAUCAUUUUUGAAAAACUGUAUAUAUUUGAUCUUCAUUUUGAAAGGCAUGAAAAAAAUUGAAAAAUAUGAAAAUGAUUGAAUUUUCCUACA